GUUAAACAGGCAGUUGAUGAAGAUUGCAAUGGGAAAAUUACAGCACAGGAACUUCAGACCUCCCUGAUGAAUAACAACUGCACGCCAUUCAAUUCAGAGACGUGCAGGUUGAUGGUGGGAAUGUUCGACGUGGACAGAAAUGGCACAAUAGAUAUUUAUGAGUUCUCAUCGCUGUGGAAAUACAUACAGGAGUGGAGGGCUUGUUUUGAUAGUUUCGACACGGACAGGUCAGGCACCAUCGACGUGCAUGAACUCAACAAUGCUUUCAAAACUUUUGGCUACAACCUAUCACAAAAUUUCUGCCAGUUGUGCAUUCGAGUAUUCGAUAGGAAGGGCCAUUCAAGUAUAAAAUUUGAUGAUUUCAUACAGUGCUGUGUCAUGUUGAAGGUUCUGUCGGCUAAGUUCAUGCAGAAAGACGUGCAGAAGACUGGAGUUAUCAGAGUCUAUUACGAAGAAGUUAGUGAAGAUGGAUAUGAAUCUCGUUUGCGUACGCAUGUGUUCUGCGGUGAUUCUCAUGAUUAUAAUAGUUGA